AUGAUGAGUUUACACGCAUCAAAGCCAGUGUCAAUUCAGGACAGAACGCUGGAGUUCCAGCAGUGCGUGUCCACGUUCAACAAGCAGCAAAACAAGCAUUCGAAGAUCGGCAAUGGAGGUGCGAAUUCACCUACGAUUCCCCAGACGAGCAAGAGCCAGUUCUCCCAGAAAGCAAGCGCCAUUGCCAAGGAUAUUGCGCGCGUAACCAACAGUCUGAGCAAGUUGGCAGUUCUUGCGAUGCAGAAGCAGAUCUUCUCUGAUAGGCCUACGGAUAUGGUUGAGCUCACGUAUGUGAUAAAGCAGGACAUCUUCAAAAUCGAAAGACAGUUGAAGGAUCUGCAACAUUCAAUAGCCGGUGGCGGUUCGAUAUUGUCCUCCUCGGAUCCACAGGUGAACGGUUUUAGCAAGAAUGUGAUACAAUUGUUGAAUACGAAGAUAAAAAAUGUGAGUGAAGAGUUCAAGACUGUUUUGGAGGCGAGACAGCGCAACGAACUGGCCUACAGGUCGAGGCAGGAGCAGUUACUUGCGAUUUCUUCAAACGGUAUGGGCUCCAAUGAUAAUAGUGGUGCUGCUACCCCAGUGGGAAUGAGCGCCGCGUCUCCUCCAAGAAAAGGCUUCAUGUCGCCGGCCUCGGCAACAGUUCCAUACGGGCUUAGGAAUAAGCAGGUGGCGUCAGACAAUCCAUUUCUGACUUCGCUAAACAACUCGGCAGACGACCCAGAGACCUCUGUGCCGAUGAUCACCUCCAGCAACGUCCACAACCAGCUGGCCCCUCAAGAACAGGACUUCUUAAGCAUACCCGACCAGACCAAUCAGUUACUGUUGCUGGAAGAACAGAACAAUGUAUAUCUACAAGAUAGAAACCGGGCUGUUGAGGCCAUUGAGAAAACGAUCAACGAGGUUGGUUCUCUGUUUCAGCAGCUGGCCACGAUGGUCAACGAACAGGGCGAAGUGAUACAGAGAAUCGACAACAACGUUGAAGAUAUCAGUGUGAAUAUAACUGGAGCACAAAGAGAGUUGUUGAAAUAUUACCAUAAUGUUUCGAAUAAUAGAUGGCUGAUAGCGAAAAUGUUCGGGGUGUUGAUCUUGUUCUUUUUGUUGUGGGUGUUGGUGAGUUGA